AUGAUCUUCUUCCCGUGGAUUUGUGACAGGAACGACUCCGAGUCCGACCCAGACACGUUUCUGAACGGCAGGCCGCAUGAAAAGGCAGACCCGGCCGUCGUCCACACCCUCCGCCAGAUCCUCGAGCCCGCGCGGACCGAGGCCGAGCACGCGUCCGAGCUGCUGGAGGACGAGGACACGACCUGGUUCGGGUUCGGGCGCGACUCGGCGGGGCAGCCCGUGUUCUACGACUACGGCAGGUUCUCGGCCAUCAUGAGCGAGCUGGUCUCCCACGCGCCGGGGGACAUCUACCCGCAGCUGGUGUCUGUGAUCGGGGAGACGGGAGCCGGGAAGAGCACGCUCAUCAAGAUGCUCAUCGACCGCCAGGCCCCGGGCGCCCGGGACGGGUCCAGGUACUACUCGCCCGUCACGUCGUCCAACCAGGACCGGACGGCGACCACGGGCGACGUGCACAUCUACGCGGACCCGUCCAGCGCGUUCAGCACGACGCCCCUCCUCUUCGUGGACUGCGAGGGCCUCAACGGCGGCGAGGCCAUGCCGAAACAGCUGAGGCACCACCACCACCACCAUAUGCAACCAUCCCAGGACCAAGGGCUAGCCGCCACUCCUGGCCGUUCAUCAACCCCAGCAGCAGCAGCAGCAGCAGGGGCAGCACCGCCCCCGCCCUACGAGCAGGCAACACCAACAACACCCGCCGCCGACCACGGGACCCGCCCCGUCCGCCCCCGCCACGUCUCCAAGCGCCCCAUAGCAUGGGCCCGGACCCCCCAGACGCGCAGGAGGGAACACGCCGUCUCGCAGCUGUACCCGCGCGUGCUGUACACCUUCUCGGACGUGGUGGUCUUCGUGCUGCGCAACCCGCGCUCCUUCGAGUCGACGGUGCUGGGGCGCCUGGUGUCGUGGGGCGCGCGCAGCAUCGACGCCUCGCUGAACCAGCCGGCCCUGCCGCACGCGGUGGUCGUGCUCAACGCGACGGCGGGCAGCGUCGACGAGGGCGAGUGGGACGUCGCCACGGCCACGGCGCGCCUGCUGGCCGACGUCGAGGGCGCCGUGCGCCGCGACCCGGCCCUGCAGGCGUACGCGGCGGGGUGGGCGCGGCGCGGGCGCGAGAUACGCGGCACGGCGGACCUGCUGGCGUGCUACUACGCCUCGGUGAGCGUGGUGCGCGUCCCGCACACGGGGGCGGGGGGCGGGGGCGGGGGCUCGUACAUGCUCAUGGACGCGCAGGCGGGCAAGCUGAUGGGCGUCGUGCGGGCGCGCUGCGCCGAGGGCCACGCGGCCAGGCGGCGGCUGCGCAUGCUCGCGACCGCCGAGAGGCUGGGCGUCUACCUGCAGGCGGCGUACGACCACUUCACGCGGAGCCUCGACGCGCCCUUCGACUUUGUGCGCGAGGCGCUGCGCAAGUUCCCCGCCGCGCGCAACUUCCAGGGCAACGUGCUGAGCCUCGCGGUCGCGGUGCGGGAUAACAGUAAUAAUAAUCAUAACAAGUCGGCGCUGGUGGGCGCAAGGGAGGAUGGUGGUGGUGAUGAUGACGUGGAUGCGCGGCGCAUCUUCCUCGCCAUGGCGCCCAUGAUCGCCUCGUGUGUCAUGCUCGACGCGGUGCGGCAGAACCUGCUCGGCACGGCGACGAGGCUGCUGGAUGACAAGUACGCCGGGCCGUGCGCCGCCGCGCUGCAGACAUUUGCGGACAUGUACUGGCCGUGCAGCUUCUCGAGCCCGGGUCUCGGGGAGGCGGGCAGGUGCUGCAACGUGAGGUCCGGCCACAACCCCAAGGGCCACCAAAACGCCCAGGGCAAAGUGAUAGCCAGCGGCAGCUACCAGUCGUCCCUGGACCCGGAGGCCUUCGCGGCAGAGUGGCUCUCCCAGAUCCGCCGCAGCCUCGACGCCAUCGAGGCCACCAUGGCCAAGCUGAGCCAGGCCUACCCGGGCCGGGCGGAGCUGGUGACGGCGGCGCUGGUGCACCGCGAGCGGCUGGACGGCUUCUACCGGGCCGCGGGGGGCGCCACGGCCUUCGCCAGCCACUCGGCCUGCCUGUCGUGCCUGCGCGAGCUGCCCGAGUGCGCCCUCCCCUGCGGCCACGUCCUCUGCCUGCCCUGCCUGGAGCUGUACGGCACGCGGGCCUCGCGCACCUGCGUCGAGAUCAGCCGCUGCCCGCUGCACGGGGGCGACGUCGUCGCCGAGCCGCCGUGGGCCGUGGCCGUCAAGCCCGCGCGGGCGGGCGUGCGGGUGCUGUGCCUCGACGGCGGCGGCGUCAGGGGGCUCGUGCAGCUGCGCGUGCUCCGCGAGAUCGAGCGGGUCCUCGGGCCGGGCCUGCCGAUACAGCUGUUCUUUGACCUGAUGGUGGGGACCAACACCGGCGGCAUCAUCGCCAUCGGCCUGGGCGUCAAGCGGUGGACCGUCGAGGCGGCCACGGACAAGUUCCGCGACAUCUGCAGGGAGGCCUUCACGCCGCGCGAGAUGCAGAGGGUGCCGCUGAUCGGGGCCCUGACCAAGAUGUACCACGGCAGCGUGUUCAAGACGCAGCCGCUCGAGCGCAUCCUCAAGAGGUACUUCUCGGACACGCCCUUCUUCGGCGGCGCGCGGUCCCGCCACGGCCUCAACACCCCGGUCAAGGUCGCCGUGACGGCCACGACCGCCUUCCAGCCCGUCGUCUUUGCCAACUACAACCGGCCUGACCCGGUGGGGGGCAAGGCAGCCCCGUACCAGUUCAUCCGGUCUGAUGUGCCGUCCAAGGAGUUGAGUGUGUGGGAAGUUGCCCGGGCAGCAUCAGCAGCACCGCCCUUCUUCAAGCCCUUCGUGGCCCCCGAGACAAACACCGAGUACGCCGACGGCACCAGGUCCCACGGGUGCCCGGCAAAGGUGGCCCACGCCGAGGCGCGCGCCAUCUGGCCGGACGCGGCAGACCUCCCGCCGGACAUGAUGCUCUCGAUCGGCACGGGCCGGGUCGAGGGCGAGCAGGCCGCCGCCUCGAGACCCCCGUCGCGCUCCUCCAGGUCCACCGCGAGCACAACAGACGCCCCGGCCCGGCGGCAGCAGCCCCCCACCGUGACCAAGAGCGCCACCACACCGGUGCCUCUCGCGGGCGGGCAGAUGGUGCGCUCCGGCCGCGGCGGCGUGGGCAACUACAAGCGCGUCGAGACGACGCCCGCCAGCGCGUCCGCCGUCGGGGGGCCCAUCCAGACGGGCAUCUUCUUCGUGCGGGACCCCAAGACGCCGCUGCUGCUGUCGUUUGCGCCCAAACAGCACCACCAGCCACCACCGCCCGACCAUGCAACGAGCACGAGCGACGAUGGGGGGCUCUACAACCACCGGAGGUGCGAGCACGCCUGGGAAGGGUUUGCGGCUGGGCACCACGGGCACGGGGAGGCGGACGACGAUGAUGAUGGGGGCCGGUACGCCCGGAUCUCCCCCGCGCUGCUGGCGUCGCAGGUCCCGCGGUUCGAGGAGGCGGCGCGGAUGGAGGAGCUGGAGCGUGAUGUUGAAGUUGCGCUGCGGCGGGAGGAGAUGGUCGGUGCGGUCGUGCUGGCUGCGCACCGGCUUGUGGCUAGCACGUUCUUCUUUGAGGCGGAGGGUGGUGGGUCGACCAGGCAGGGUGCGUCGUCGUCGUCGUCGGGAUACGUUUGCACAGGCUCGAUAUUCUGCCGCUUCCGCCAGUCCUCCCCUGAGCUGAUGGCGCUCGGCUCGUUCCUGCGGUCCUGCUGCGCGGGCGACUUCAGGCCCUAUUUCCUGGUCGAGGACGACAUGGACGACGACAGCGGGGGCGGCACGAGGCGGCGGCGGCAGAUCAUCCUCUCGGACGCCCUCGUCCUCGACAUGCAGACGGCGGGGUACUUUGACCUCGAGCCGCUGACCAUCUUCACGGCAGACACCACCAGCAAGCACGGCAGGGCGACGAGCAUCUCGCUCACCCUGCAGAUGGAGCCGUACUCCCGCGGGGACGGGGCGACGACGUGCGCGGCGGCACUGCCCAUCUCUGGCUUCCCGAGGAGGCUGGUCAGCGAGGAGAGCGGCGGCGGCCAGGGUGGUGGCAUAGCAGCCAGGGCGACGGCGAGGGCGGCUGUUCCCCCUCCUCCUCCUCCUGGUGGUGGUGGUGGUGAGCAUCAGCGCAACACCAACAACAACGCAGGCGAGGUGGUGUUGUCGACGACCGCCGACGCCGCCAGCGUGUCGGCCAUGUCGUCCGCGUCGCCGGGGCGCCCCCUCUCCCCGGACAGCGUCAGCCCCAUCACGACGUACACGCUGGCGUCGCGGAGCUCGACGGGCAGCACGUCCCUCGGCGGCGGGGCGGCCGGGCUCGUCGAGAAGCCGCGGCGGCACGGGGGCGAGGUGAUUGCGGAGCUGCCUGACCACGGGAGCCAGGCGGCCGAGUUGCCGUCGGGCUGAUUGGGGGCGGGGGAUGGCGACUGACCCGUGAAGAAGUUGGGCUUAGUCGGAUGUGAGUGGUUGUGAAGGUGGGCGAGUGAACGGGCUGGGGGAGAGGUGAGAAUGGAAAGGAGGAGAAGAGUAUCCAACCAGAAGAGGUGAUGCCGUGUAUUCUUUUCAAAGGUGACAAGUUAAUCAUCCGUCGUCCAAAAUUCCUGUAUUCGUACCUGUAGCUGUCUAUUCAUCGAGAAGAGACCAUCCUCUCUAUGCCAUCAACUCCAAACCUUGGUUAGGAACAAGUGCUUUCACGAUGCCGUAAUGUCGAUGGGCCGCAGGCUGCGGGCUCCACGCGAGCACACCCACAGGGCAUGAGGUGCGAUGGUCAGCGACGGUAUAAUCGGGAUGAUCGAUCCUUGGGCGCCAUGCCGGAACCACGUCCACCCAGCAGCCCUUUGUACUGCCACCGCGUCUGCCAGUGCUUACUUUCCGUCGCUGAGAACCCCUGCCGGCACAGAACCUGAUUCCUCUGGGCUGUGCUCACCACCGAGACCCCCAGCCAGCCAGCCAUGCGCGACCACGCCGCCGCAGAGCCACGGCAGAGAACCCAAACCCCUCAUCCGCAUCCUUUUCCCCCUAGAAGUACUUCUGCCCCUUCAUAAACUCCAUCCCCUGCGCAAAGUGAAACAGCUUCGCAGCAACGACAUGCCUCUCCCUGCCGGCGUACUCGACAAGCCUCCCGUACAGGUCGGCAAGCGGGACGACCACGCGCUCGAUGUGCUCGCCGUCGUCGAGCUUCUGCGGCGGCAUCGCCAGCUCCCCGUCGGCGCCGUCGCACCCCUCGGGCAGCUGCACCUCGACCAUGACGAGCUGCACGGUGGCGCUGCUCAUGCCCGGGUCCGCGGCCUGCGGGGGGCUGACGCUGAGGACCCUGGACGCCUCGUAGCCCGUCUCUUCUUUUAGCUCGCGCAGCGCCGCGGUCUCGACGUCCUCCUUGGGGUCGAUGAGGCCCGCGGGCCACUCGACCGUGUAGGCGUCCAGCGGGGGCCGGUACUGGACCACGAGGAUCGUCGAGGCGGGCCGGGUGGAUUUCUGGGAGGGCGGCGGGAGGAGGAUGUUGCCUAUGGACACGGCGUCGACGCCCGCCGUCGCGGAGCGGUUCGCGCGGCCUGCCACCUCCCAGACCCGGGGCUUGCCCGUCUCGUCUGUGAAGUUGAUGUUCUUGAGGUUUAGAUGCUUUCCUUGGGCGAGGUCGGUGAUGGAGUUUAUCACGGGUUCUUGGGUCUUGGCCGUCAUCGUGAAGGGUCGGAGGGUGGUGAUGGCGGUGGUGGUCAGGAGGAGGUUGAGUCGCCUGGUAGCGGUUGUUGCGACGAAGAAGGAGGAGGAGAGGAGACGGAGGGGCAUUCAACCGGGUGGGUUUGGCGAAUUUCCAAUCUCUUUAUGCUGGCCUGGCUGUGUGACUCGAGCUUGCAGGUGCCUGCUGCUCGUGGCUGAGGGGGGACAAAGACGGCUGCGACAGUUGGUAAGUUGGCUGUAGGCUGUAGUUGGAGUGGUGAUGAUGAUGGAGGCUGAUGCGAUGUGCUGGGUUGAAA